AUGUUUUGGAAGAAUCCGUCAGCACUGACCCAAGUGCUCCUCGUGUCGUUCGUGUGCUUCACGUGCCCAGGGCUAUUCAACGCCCUCGGCAGCAUCGCCGCGGGGGUGGCCGACGAAACCAUCAGCUACAACGCUACGUCGCUGCUGUACGCGUUCUUUGCGCUGUUCGGUCUGUUUGGUGGCGGUGUGGUCAACGUGAUCGGACCCAAGUACACGUUGUUCAUUGGGUCGUGGGGCUACAUCCUGUACUCGGGGUCACUCUUGGCCAUGGACAAGGGGUACAACGCCACGACCAAGGAGUACACGAGUGCGUCGACCAACUUCUUUUACGCCGCGAACGCGAUCCUCGGCAUCUGCGCCGGCCGCACACCUUUGCCCACAUCUACCGUCACGACCAAGUACACGUUGUACGAGCCAGCCUUGCGAAGCACCAACGACGUCGGAAUGAACGAUGUCGGGCCAGUGAUGUUGAUAUCGAUCAACGAAGGGUGCGAAGAGAACGGACCGCACGACGCGUUGCGGCGACACAAGGCCAGAGUUGCUUGA